ACUGACAGUUAUAUAUCUGUAACCUCAAUUUACCUUCUUGAAUGGGUUUAUUACAACAGUGCUAAUUAUUUGGCUGCAAGGUAUUCAUUAGUUAAGCCAACUUCAGACAAACUGUAGACACAUAGGUGAAACAUCUGGUGAUCCAGUCAUCUGUGAAGAUCUGCAAUUACCUGAUCAUAUCUCUAGUCCUGUCCUUUUCACCUGUGCAAACCUGAAGAGGAUGUCAAACACCACCAGGAAGUCAUUCUUGGCGGGUGGUGGCAGUGAAAGAGUCUGUGCAAGGCUGAGUUGGAGCUGAGGAGAUGAAGGAACAGCUACUCCAGGUGUGAUGCUCUGAGCAGGGCUGGAGCAUGACACUAGAGCCCUGUCCCGAUGUCCCUGGUCAGGGUUCUGAGGCACUGCGUGAGGCACCGUGGGUGCCAGCUUGUCAAGAGGAGGAAGCAUGAAAUGUAGAGGAGGUCAGGUGUAAGACAGAUGACACUGAAGUGCUGACAGCUUCUUUGCAUGGCACAGAUGAGGCUGGUCAGACGGACUGGGCUAAAGGUAAGGCAUUGCUGCCUUGGUACUUUGAGUGUUUUUGUGUAAUCAAGAAAUCAAAUCACACAAAGAGAACAGGACUGCAAACACACCUGAAAAAGGUAAACUAAAGCACCAACUCCUGGGAAAAACUGAGCCUGAUGCUUGCUUAAUAGCAUAUUUAAUGAUCUGGAGAGCUUUAUUAUACAAGAUGAGUUACAAGUAACACUGCCCAGAGCAGCACACAGGAUUUUCAGAUUAAUUACCUCUGAGUGAGAAGAGGGAGUAAGUAUGUGCUUCUUCCAAGCAGAGCUCAUGCCAGCUGUGGCUCUGCCCCCUGAGUUCAUGGCCUAGGUAGCUGACUACAUGGCAAGCAGAGGCUUCUCUGCAAUAAACUAUUAUGAAUAAUACUAUCAUGACAGCAUUCUCACAGUAUUGGCUUCACUGUAUUUGACCUUGCAUUGCAAAUAGCAGUGACUGGCAACAGACAGAUGCUGGUUGGUUUGUGUCAUGUGGAGGGCUCAGAGCAGAUUGGCAGAGAGAUGAAACUAUGUAGGGGUUAGGGAAGUCAAAUGUCUGAAAAGCCAAGGAGAUGAAGUCUGAAUCUAUGGUAUGUUGGGGAAAACAGAAGGUACAAGUGCCUGAGAAACUUGCAUCUGAUUCCCAUACUGCCAUCAGGCUAAUUUAACCCUUCUGUGCAUCUGUCUUCCCUGAAAAACAGGGAAGUUUCACAGCAAUUCUUUCCUUCAGUAAGGGCUUGAAGAGGAAAGUGUUACAUGUGAAGGCUGAUGCUGGAAGGGACUAGCACUGCAGCCUCAGGCCACUUGGCAACAGAUUGCCUUCAUGGUGCUGGCUUUCCUUCCUCAUGCAGGAGAUACAGACCCUGUAGAAGGGAUGCCCAUUCAGAGGACUACAGCAUGGCUGCUCAGAGUUUUGGCUCCAGCAAGGACAGCCCCAAAGCCGACAGUGCUGGUCUGAGCAAAAAUGGUCUGGGGAACAAACACUGGUAGUGUAAAUGCACAUCUGCUGCAGUUUCCCAAGAUGACCAAGCUGAGUGUACCUGGAUAAGAGGCAGGAGGAUAUGAUCACUGGCCUGUGUGCCCAAGAAGACAGGCAGGUGUGAUCUGCCUGUGGCUGGAGUUCACGGGAGAGCUUUGCUACAAGUCUUUGUUCUCUUCUUUGUGCCAGAUGUUCCAGUGGCCUCCUCUCCAGCUGUACAGUCCACCAUGUCCUACCCAAACCACUCCAGUCCCUCGACCUUCAUCCUAACAGGCAUCCCUGGGCUGGAGGCUGCUCACUUCUGGAUCGCCUUCCCAUUCUGCACCAUGUACAUCAUGGCAGUGCUGGGGAACUUCACAGUCCUCAUGGUGAUUAGGGCAGACUCAAGCCUCCAUCAGCCCUUGUUUUACUUUUUCUCCAUGCUGGCUGCCAUUGACCUGGUGCUCGUUACUUCCACCAUGCCCAAGCUCCUGAGCAUCUUCUGGUUCCAAACCCACGAGAUCAUCUUUGAGGGCUGUGUGGUUCAGAUGUUCUUCAUCCACGGCUUCUCCGCAGUGGAGUCAGGGGUCCUGCUUGCCAUGGCCUUCGACCGUUACUUGGCCAUCUGCAAGCCCCUGCACUACUCUGCCAUCCUGACUGGCCCCACCAUUGCCAAGCUGGGCUUGGCCGCUGCAGUGCGUGGCAUUGGACUCAUGACCCCUCUGACGUGUAUGGUGAGCAGCCUGUCCUACUGUGGCACUCACGUCAUUCCCCACUCCUACUGCGAGCACAUGUCAGUAGUGAAGCUGGCCUGCGGGGACACCCGGCCCAACAGCAUCUAUGGGAUGACAUCUGCCAUCUUCAUAGUGGGCCUAGACAUCACCCUUAUUGCCGUCUCCUAUGCACUGAUCCUGAGGGCAGUUUUAGGCCUCUCCUCCAGAGAGGCUCGCCUGAAGUCCUUCUUCACCUGUGGUUCCCACAUUGGAGUCAUUCUGCUCUUCUACGUGCCUGGGUUCUUCUCCUUCUGUGUUCAGCGCUGGGGCCAGAACAUCCCUGUACACCUCCACAUCCUGAUGGCUGACCUCUACCUGCUGGUGCCUCCCAUGCUCAACCCACUCAUCUAUGGGAUGAGGACCACGGUGAUCCGGGAGCGGGUGCUGAGCCUGCUCCGGCAGAAGGAGAUCCAGCCUUUGUCCUGACCCAAGCCCAUUGCUAACGCCACAUGGGAAGGAAUGGGGAUCACACCAGAGGACAAUGGCAGCAUGGGGGACAGGGGGAGGGGGCAAAGAAAAUCUUAAAAAGUGGUCUACUAGAAAAGCGGGGUGAUCUCUUCGUCGUCUCGGCCAAACCCUAAAAGCCAGAGGCACCAUGAAAAGUUUCACUGGUGAAGCCGACUAUCUUUAGGAAGUCAAUUCUACAUUCCUGUUCAGAACAGAAAGACAAAUGGUAUAUAAAUGUAUCUGAACCAUUGGUCCUCCUCUGUGUCACCUCAUGACUCCCCUCUUAAUGGCAGUUUUUGAUAAAAGAUUGUUACCACUUCGGAAGUGAAAGGCUGUUAAUGGGUUCAUCUUUCUGCAUGUACCUUUUCCACCUGAUCUGUAAUUCUCCAUUUAUUGAUACUAGUCUUUAGCAACUGCCUGAUCCUGGUGCCUGGCUAUGUAGGGUGUGUG